GUUCCUCUCUCAGUUUGUUUUGUUUGGGUGUAUCAGCGGACAGCUCAACAUGACACAAAGUCAUACUCUGCGUCCGUAAGUGCCAUUUUCCACCAACUUCCCUGGCGGCUCGGCUGAAAACAAUAUGUGCUCUGGGGAUUAAUUCAACUGUUUGUCUCGGUGAAAGAGGACAAGUGACUUCAGCGUAUUUUCAUCCUGACCUGAGACACCUGUUGCUCCAGUUUCGACAGACAGUUGGUAUGAAAGUUACAGUAACUUUCGCCGACACCGCGGUGGUGGUUCCCUGUAAAGCUGGAUGGACCGUCCGGGAUUUAGUCGAACAAGCCACGCGGAGGUACCGCAGGAUUUUGGAGCAGCAUGGAGAGAGAGCAGUGAAAACCCACCACUUGGAGUACGCUGAAGGAGGGAUCCUGGACAUGGACGACAUGCUGAGUGAUCUAGUGGACGACAGAGACAAGCUGGUCGCCGUGUUCAGCGAAGUCCAGCACAGGAGGACGGACAGUCCCAGAGAGAACAAGUCCAGCUACUCCAGUGCCGCCCCCAGCCCUGAACCACUCCGCUACUACCCCCACAUGCAGUUCCAGGAGCAAACCAGAGGAGAGAUUGAAGUCAACGAGGCAAUCCUCAAAGCCAAUACGCCUCUGUUGGUGAGGAGCAGCAGUGACUCUGCUUUAGCCCCGCCUCAUGAGAAGACAGCCACGCCCCCACCUGAUCACCACAGCAACGCAUCUCCUGAACCGGAAAUCAACCAUGUACUGAAAGGAGCUUUGGACCGACUGACAACAGACAACCCCCCGGCCAAAAUGAGCCCGGUUAACUUCGGCACCCUGACGAGGACAGUGGAGUUUCUAGGUGACCGGGGCCCCCUGGGUAUCCAUGUGGUCCCGUACUGCUCCUCGCUCAGUGGACGGACCCUGGGCCUUCAUAUUAGAGGCAUCGAGGAAAACAGCCGCUCCAAGAGAGAGAACAUCUUCCAAGAGGACGAGUGUAUCGUCCAAAUCAACGACACACCACUCCAGGACAAGACCUUCACACAGUCACAGGAAGUGUUCCGCCAGGCCAUGACCUCCUCCGCAAUCUGUCUGGAGGUCCUCCCCGUAGCCAACAAGCUGCGCUACGAGAAGAGCCUGAUAGGUCACCUUUUCACCGGCGACGGCAAAGACUCCUCCUCUGCAAAAGCAAAGAGUCCGAUGGUUGUCCGUGCCAAAGCCGACUCCCAACCGGAACCCAGGCCAGAUUCCAAACUGAACACCAAACUGGAAGUGAGGCGACCAGACACGCGUGCCAAGACCCCAGAGCCAGCUGCAGUAAACACACCAUCAGCGGAGAUCCAAUCUGGGCACGGCUCCUUGGAAAGAGUCUCCCCCGCACCUCCAGCCAGAGGAGCAAGCUCCUCCCCGACCCGCAGCCAGAGCCCCCUGGCCAGUAGGAGCCCUGCUCUGCCCGGCCUGGCCAACCUGGCCAGCAAGAAGGGCGGCAAGCGGAUAAAGAUUGACCUGAAGAAAGGCGCAGAGGGUCUGGGCUUCACCGUGGUAACCCGGGACUCCUCGGCCCACGCGCCAGGGCCAAUCCUGGUGAAGAACAUCCUGCCGCGAGGUGCAGCGGUCAACGACGGCCGCCUGCAGCCCGGAGACCGCAUCCUGGAGGUGAAUGGAGUAGACAUGACAGGCCGUAGCCAGGAGGAACUCGUGGGCAUGCUGCGCAGCACCAAGCAGGGAGAGAACGUGUGUGUGGUGGUGGCACGGCAGGAGGACAUCUUCCUGCCUCGGGAACUGAAAGGUGAGGACUCUAACAGCGUGGUGUUGGAGGACGGCAGGGAGCAGCUGAUGUACGAGAUCCCCCUCAACGAAACGGGUUCGGCCGGCCUUGGGGUCAGCCUGAAGGGCAACAAGUCCAGAGAGACCGGAGAAGACCUCGGUAUCUUCAUCAAGUCCAUCAUCCACGGAGGGGCCGCUCACAAGGACGGUCGGUUGAGCAUAAACGACCAGAUGAUCGCAGUAAACGGAGAGUCGCUGCUCGGACGCUCCAACCACGCUGCCAUGGAGACGCUGAGGCGCUCCAUGUCGUCAGAGGGGAACGCCAGGGGCACCAUCCAGCUCGUGGUGCUCCGAGCGCCCAGACAGACACAGCAGAUGGCCAGUGCCAACCCUGCAGCAAGCACAGCUACAAAUGUCUCCAACUCCCAUCAAUCCAACCCGCAAGCAAGCUCCAGCAAUCAGGAGCCGAGGGGACACGAUGCCUACCAGAAACCCUCAGGAGCCUCCAGACCCCCGAACACAGAGUCCUCCGCGAACGCCGCCAGUCACAUUCCAAUGACGGCCAACAACUACACACACGGCAACUCUAGAAAUGCUCUGUAUCCCGCUGCGACCACUAAUGGCAGCUACGGUCACUACGGCAACGAGGAUGAGGAGUUGGAAGAAGGCUUCCCCCCGCCACCCUCCCCCGGCGCUGUGGAGGAAAUGAAUAGAAACUUGCCAACAAUCCCCCCACAUCACAGCGAGUUUCAGAUGUCGCCCCACAUGGCUGCAGCUUUCUACAGCCAACUGGCCGACGACGAGGACAACGUACCUCGCAACAGGGCGUCCAAGAGCAUGGACAUGGUGGCUGAUGAGAGCAACGUGGGAUCACUAGUUGGGCAGAGGAACGAGCCUUCAGCUGGUGGAGCGCUCGGCCCGACCCUGGGCCUCUGGAAGUCCAGCUCCCUGGAGAGCCUCCAGACGGCCGUGUCGGAGGCCAAGCAGAGUCACAGCCAAGCCCAGGUGCCCUUUCAUCGCCCGCGGCCGCACAUGGUCCGGGGGCGGGGGUGCAACCAGAGCUUCCGCAUCGCCAUCGACAAGUCUUACGACGGGCCUUCUGAAGACGACGACGACCUGUCAGAGCAGAGCUCCGGUCACGAAACACCCGCCAGCAGCUCCUCUCGCCAGGGCCUGGACGCAGACGACGGAAAGAAGAAGAAGAAACCCAAAGACAGAAAGAAGGACAAGAAGAUCAAAGGGAAGAAGAAAACAGAUGAUUCUGUGGAGGAUCUGGAUAAGAAGACCAAAAAGAAAGGAUUUGGCCUCCUGAGGUUCGGCAAGAAGAAAGAAGACAAGAGCAAAGAAGCAGCAAAAGCAUCCAAAAACAAACUGGAGGCCCUGAGCGAAGAGGAAGUGGACAGAGAUGGCUACGAUCCACGCUACACCGAGAUCCACUCCGGCCACGUCACCCCGGACUCCCUCCCCGACGUGGAAGACGACGACAGUGACCCCAACUACGCCCGCAUCAACAACUUCCGCCAGCCACCCUCGCCUCAGUCAUUCAUUAGUCGCACGCCCUCCCCUGCGGCAACAACAGCGGGGCAUCACCUGCCUCAGGCCUCCUCUGAGGAGCUGGACGGGCUCUACGCCAAGGUCAACAAGCCCAGACACCCGGCCGCUGUGCAGAGCCAGCAUCACACGCAAGCAGACAGUGAUCCCCGUUACCAGGGGUUGCGUAAGGAGUACCAGCCACCCCGCGCCGCUCCGGUCUACGAGGAGCUAGACGCCGCACGACGCAGAGUCCUGGAGAACGACCCGCACCGGAUGGCACCAAGAGGAGGUGAAUCUCGAGCUGCUCACCGCUACGAAGAGGCGGACCGACAAUACCACACACACCCCAGGAGGGAUCCAUAUGAUUACCCCACCCACUCCAGACCCAUGCCAAGAGAGUCAGCCCCCUACCCCAUCCACUACCAAGACCCUCUCAUUUCCAGCCACCCCGGCCGUGUACAGUCGGGCACCCACUCCCAGCAGGCGUCCAGCAAUCCACGGUACUACCCCUCGUCUCCCCACAUGGGACUGCAGCACCGCACCAUGGUAAGGCAGGACGUCCCCCCUUCCCCCACCGCAGGCCACAGAGGGCGGCACUACUACGAAGCCGCCGGAGGGCGAGCAGGCCGCUACACCAGCCCGGAGAGGCAGCCCGUCAGCGGGGAGCGCUACACCAGCCCCGAGCGCUACGCCUACAGAGACGAAAGACAGCCCAACCCAAGACGGAAGAACCCGGUGAUAGGUGCAGUGUAGAAGGUAGCCCCCUCUAAACAUCAGGUGAACUCCACACAAAUAUAUAAAUAGCUCAGAAUUCAUAUGCGUCCAGAUUUGUGAGACAUAAUAUCAGACAGUCACACAGGCUGCCAAUGUGGAUAAGUGUGAUUUUGCCAUAUUAAUUUAUUUGAUCAGGAACACUGAGGGCAAUAAGUGACAGGCUGAGAGGCUAAAAUGAGGCUUAUUUUUACAACCAUCUGGUCAUAACUGUCUCUACAGGCGAAGGCAGAUUUAACAAGCAUUAAGGACUCGUGGGUGUACAUAUAUAUACAUGUUUGCCACUGCUUGUGUAUAUUAACAAAUUUGCCGAAUCUUAUUCGACAUAAAUUCUAUGAUGGAAAAAUGAAAUGAAAUUAAGGGAAAUAUCAUUAAUGACAUGGAUAUAUAGAGUAAACUCGGUGCCAUAUGUUGUAUAGAAUCAGCUCAUCAUGAAGGCAGUGCUGACUGGCAUUUUGCACAAGCUGAUCAAACUUAAGCAAAUAAAGAGGGAUCUCCUUGACAAUCCAGACUGUGAUAACAGAGGAAACACAGGAAAAGGAAGUAAACCCCCCAUCCACCCUACCCACCCGGAAGUAUCUUUUUGUCCUUGAUUUUCUGUCGCUCGGACUUCCUCCACGUCCUGCUAUCACACCCUCGGUUUCUUUUUUCUUUGAUUAUCUGGAUUUGGACAUGGAUGAUACAUUUACUGUAAAUUUUUUAACCAUAUUACAAAUGAGUUUAUCUGUGAUUUAUUUGUGGUGUCUCUAAUAAGAUGUAUAUAUCUUGAUCCGUACACGUACACUAAAACCAUGCUGUGUGACUCCUCGUGCACUGUGCAGCUAAUAGAGUUUGAUUUAACAUUUUAUCCUUUAACAUAUCAUUGAUCAAAGUCACUGCACUGAAAACUCAUUAAAUGUGUCAUUGGUGGUUUGAUUUAAACAUGCUGUCAAAUAAGUGCGUUUUUUUUUGUUUUUUUUACACAAAUAUUUUGCAUUAAAUGUUUUAAAAACCUCAAACUGUUCAGCACAAAA